AUGAAGUUCUCCCCUAUUGUCUUUAUUAGCCUCGCUACCGGCGUCUUCGCCCAGAAUGGCUGCGGUUUCCCUGACGGACCCGACUGUGUGUCCCUCGGCACUGGCGCCAAUGGACUGGAGCAAUUCGCCGAUGACGGCUGCUGUCUGUUGCCCAUUCGCUGUGGUAAUGGCGACGGCGGCGAGAGGUGUGAGCGCGUGAGCACUGGGACCGCGAACAACAAUAACAACAAUGCAAACAACAAUGCCAACAACAACGCCAACAACAACAAUGCCAACACUGGCAAUACCAAUAACUUCAACUUUGGUGGCCGACGCGCAAAGAAGCUCAGGAUUUAG